AAUAAUUUUCUCUUGGGGCUUUAUUUCAUCAGGCAAUGGUCUAAUCAUGUCGGAUAAAGAUGAUGACAAGACUCCAGUGAUAACCGGAGAAACCCCCAUCCUUGAAGAUGAAAAUUGUGAGCCAGCCAAGAAUUCUGAGUCUCCUGACCAAAAUGCCAAGCCAGAGAAUAAGUCAGAACCUGUAGCAUCUACUCGGAAAAGACCCGAGGCCAAGCCUUCCAACGACCUGGAGACUUCAGAAGUUCUCCCUGUUCAGGAGACUGUUUCCAACCCCCAGACUGGAUGGGGCUACUGGGGGAGCUGGGGCAAAUCCUUACUCUCCUCAGCCUCAGCUACAGUAGCCACAGUAGGACAAGGUAUUUCAAAUGUCAUCGAGAAGGCAGAGACUUCUCUAGGAAUUCCUAGUCCCAGUGAAAUUUCAACUGAAGUCAAAUAUGCUGCAGGAGACACAAAUGCCAAAGAGAGUGGAAACUCCUCCCCAGUGGCUGGGCCUUUUGGUGUAUUCUCAACCAUCUCUACUGCCGUUCAAAGCACAGUGAGUAAAAUUAUCAGCGGGGGAUUAGAUGCCUUAGAAUUUAUUGGGAAAAAGACAAUGGAUGUAAUAGCUGAAGGGGAUCCUGGAUUUAAAAGAACCAAAGGUCUGAUGAACCGGAAUUCUACACUGUCUCAGAUUUUACGAGAGGCAAAGGAGAAAGAAGAACUACGGACCUCUGCUGAUGUUGCCAUGGAAACAGAUAAGAAAACUCAUUAUGGGCUACUCUUUGAUGAAUUUCAAGGCCUCUCACAUCUAGAAGCUCUGGAGAUGCUUUCUCGUGAAAGUGAAAUAAAGGUGAAAUCUAUCCUUAAUUCUCUGAGUGGGGAAGAAUUAGAGACUCUAAAACUCGAAUUAGAGCAACUCAAAGAAGCAUUUUCCCUAGCAGAGUUUUGUGAAGAAGAGGACGAAGAAAGAAAAGGGGAUGAAGAUUUUACCAAAGAAAUAACAGAGCUGUUUUCCCAGCUGCACAUCUCCUCUAAACCAGAGAAACUUGCCAGGGCAAGAAAUACCACCUAUGAAUGGAUCAGGACAUCUCUGACCAAACCAUUAGCAGAGAAAGAGGAAGAACAGUCGGAAACAGAAACUACUGAGCAAGUAAAAAACUCAAUAGAGGAUAUCCAUGCAUUUGCUAUCCGAAGUCUAGCAGAACUGACUGCCUACUCAAUCGAACUGUUCCACAAAACGGCAGCCUUGGUUCUGCAUGGCCAGAAGCAAGAAGUGACAGCCUUAGAAAGGAGCCAAACUCUUUCUCAGGUGACAGUUAUGUUGUGUAAAGAGUUGUCUUCUUUGUCGAAAGAGUUCACCACCUGCCUAACAACUGCUGGGAUCAAAGAAAAAGCAGAUGUUCUUAACCCAUUAAUCACUGCAGUAUUUCUAGAGGCAUCAAAUAGUGCUUCAUACAUCCAGGACGCCUUUCAGCUACUCUUACCUGUGCUGGAGAUCUCUCUCAUUGAGAGCAAGACUUAAUUGCUCAGUCACGAGCUGCAGGUCUAGAGGCCAUUGUUAGAACAUUGAAGAAUGGAGAAGAUUUUACCUGGGACUUGUGAUGGCCAAGAAAUGCCACUUUCUUCUGGGCACCCCUGCAGAAAUGAAGGAGAUGGGUUAUUUUAGUAUAUAAAAAUUCAGGCCAGGAGAGCAGGUUGGAAGAGGAAGUUUGUUGCCUUAACUGCUUGGCCGAAAUAUUCAGGCCCUCACACUUCUCUUCCCAGUUGUUAUAGUUAAUAAAUUAUUUGAAAAAAUCUUUUGUAAAAGGUCCAAGAGUAGUAGUACUAGAUAAAGUUUACUGGGACAGUCAGGCAAAAAUAUUGGUCUUUCUUUGACAUGCGGCAAAACACAGUUUUGUUGUGGAUCUAGUUCAUAACUUGUGGAUAUAGUUGGUUGUUAAGCAAGGGGAAAAGAAUUUAAUAUUCCCGAAUUCACUACAUGCUUGUUCUACCAAUGCUAUGUACUUCGUUUUUCUAGAAUAAAAUAUAUGGCUUUAAGAAAACCAA